UAACCUCUAACAAGUGAAGUGCCAGAUGGCUUUUAAAGUUCCUGCUGGCAAAUCCAGACCCUACUGAGAGGAUAAAGGAGGGAUUAAGGAUGGGUGCUAAUGCCCUCUUGCUGCUGUUGCUUUCUCAUUGCCCCCACAAUGACAACUCUGGACGAUAAGCUGCUGGGCGAGAAACUCCAGUACUACUAUAGCAGCAGCGAGGGGGAGGAGGAUAGCGAGAAGGACGAGGGCGACGCGGAAUCCCACUCCGUUCCCGACGCUGCCCUGCCGAAAGAGGUGGCGCUGAACAGCGAUGGCAGUGCCAUAAACACAGGCCCUAAAGGUGUGAUCAACGACUGGAGGAGGUUCAAGCAGCUGGAGACGGAGCAGCGGCAGGAACAAUGCCGAGAGAUGGAGCGACUCAUCAAGAAACUUUCCAUGACCUGCAGGUCACACCUGGACGAGGAGAAGGACAAGCAGCAGCAGCUGCAGCUGCAGGAGAAGCUGAAUGACAAGCUGGCGCAGCACGAGGGGGACGAUGACGAGGAGUUUCUGCGGCGGUACCGCGAGCAGCGGAUGGAGGAAAUGCGCCGGCAGCUGCACCCCGGCCAGCGGUUCGAGCAGGUGUCCGAGAUCCUCGGCGGGGAGGCCUUCCUGGACACGGUGGACAAGGGCAACAAGAAGGCGCCGGUGAUGGUGCACAUCUACGAGGACGACGUCCCCGGGUCCGAGGCCCUCGACGGCUGCAUGCUCUGCCUGGCCGCUGAGUACCCCACGGUGAAAUUCUGCCGGGUGCGCAGCUCGCUGAUCGGCACCAGCUCCCGCUUCACCAGCAACGCCCUGCCCGCCCUGCUGGUCUACAAGGGCGGGGAGCUGAUCGGCAACUUCAUCCGCAUCACCGACCAGCUGGGCGAGGACUUCUUCGCCGCGGACUUGGAGGCCUUCCUGCAGGAGUGCAGCUUGCUCCCCGAGAAAGACGCGGGGCUUUUCGCUUCAAUUUGCAACGCAGCCUCCCACCACAACGAAGACAGCGACUUGGAGAUCGACUGAGACCCGGCCCCGCGGCCUCCGAGGGCCCCCCGCUAGUUUGUAAAGGGUAGUUGUGUGCCAAAGAGGCGUUCAUCC